AUGGCCCGCACCCCCUUCCGCUCCCGCUCCGGUCUCUCCGGCCCUCAACCUACCCACACAUCACUCGGCAAAGCACCCGGCUCGAAGUGGGGUACAAAGCGGGCCAAGGCUGGGCAAAGGGUGAGGAGGAAGGGGGUCUUUCCGAGUAGCGACGAGGAGGGAGGUACGGGGAAGGCGAAGGGAUUCGGGAGGAAGCUCGUGAGUAGCGACGACGAGGACGCUGAAGCAGCCGGCAGCAAAGGCCAGCGCGCCUCCUCCUCCCGCGCCUCCGAGACCCGCGCCUUCGCCGCCCUCGCGCGCACCACGUCCGCCCGCCGCCGCUCUCCUCGCCCCAAUCCCGCCGGCGGGGAAGACGAGGGAGAUGAGGGAGACGGGAUCGACUGGUCGCUCGGUGACAAGCGGCUUGGGCGAAAGAGGCGGGAAGUCGGGUCUUCAGAUCCGGAUGCAUCCCUGAGCGAAGACGAAGACUCGGACCUCGACGUCAAGGUCAUUCCGCAUCAACCGCCUCAACCGCCGCCACGCACUGACUCGCCCGACGCCGCUGCUCUCCGCCGCCUCCGGGCCGACGCAGCCUUGAAGCGCCUCGAGAAAAGUAAAGUGAUCGAGGUGCUGGACUCGACGGAGGAGGAGGAGGUGAAACAGCAGGAGCUUGAGCGGCUUGCGGCGAGACCGGAUUCGUUGAGGCCGAAGAGGGAGAAGGGGAAGAGCGUGUCAUCUAAGGGGAAGAAGGGCGGGAUGAAGGGGAUGAAGAAGGGGAAGGGGAGGCGAUUGAUGGACUCGGAUGGGGAGGGCGAGGACGUGGAUCAGUUCAGGCAGAGGAUGAAGCGCGAGGCGGAGGCAAAGAAGAGGCGGGAGAAGGCCAAGGAGGUCGAAGAGAAUGGCAGGCUGUUCCGCGAGGGUUCGGUGGAGGCGGAGGAACUCAAGCCGCUCGACUUCGCCGCUGCAGCAGGCGAGAACGACAGCGAGGCCGACCUCCAACCUCUCGACCGUCCCGCUCGCGCGACCGCUUCCUCUGCUUCCACCUCGCCUCCUCGCCGCACUCGCCGCCGUCGCACCUCGCCUCCUCCAUCAUCCAGCUCCGACAGCGACGAUGCAGACAAUCAGCACUACGACGCCCGCGCCCUCCGCCGCGCUCGCACGUCGGGCAAGGCGGCUUCCGAGUUCAUCAACGACUCGGAUGAUGAGAGGGACGCUGCUGUGAGGGGUGGAGGGCAGUGGAUCGAGACGGGCGGGAGUGGAGGGAGGGUCAGGAUCGGUGCGGCUGGUGGAGGAGCGGGUGGAGCAGCGAAGAUGGGGAAGAAGCCUGCCGAGAGGAAGAAGAAGGUCGUCAAGCCGGCUCGCGAGGACAGCAGCGACGACGACAGCGACAACGCUCCCGGCCCCUCAUCCGACUACGCCCACCUCAACCUCCCGCGCUUCAUCGACCCCCGCGCCGACCUCGCCCGUCGCAAGAAGCGCGAACUGUCCUCCCCUCCAACUUCGGCGUUCGAGUCGUCCGACGGUGAGGGGCCGCGCGUCGUCAGUGGGAGGGAGCAAGACGAGCUGGACAAGUUCGAAAGGCUCGAUAGGCGGAUGAAGAGGAAGAAGGCCAAGUACCGCGAGGAGAGGCGGCCGGGGUACUCGAAUCCGAGGAGGAACUGA